CGGGUUGGGAGGGGGUGCAAGUGGGAAGCCUGUGGCUCCGCAGCCUGGGAUCUCCGCCUCCCCCCACCUGUACAAGGCCCGGCCCGCUGGGUCAGCGCUCAGCAUCCCACUCUUGCUAAUUGAGUUUGGUCUUCUGUGCGGGUCCCGCGUGCUAACAUUCAGGCCCGGGGUCUAGAGGCCUGGAGAGUCCCGCUGGGGUAUCCGGGCCGAGAGCUGCAGGCCGAAUCCCUAGGGUCCCCCGACUCCUAGACGCCUUUCUAGGCCCAGGGAAGCCUGGCGACUGGGAGGCGCGGAGGAGGGGACGCCGGAUCUGAGGGCGCGCGACGCGUGAUCAGGCUGAGCAAUGGCGUUUCAAAAGGCAGUGAAAGGGACUAUUCUUAUGGGUGGAGGAGCUCUGGCCACUGUUUUUGGACUCUCUCAGUUUGCUCACUACAGAAGGAAGCAAGUAAGCCUGGCGUAUGUGGAAGCAGCAACAUGCUUCCCAGAGCCCGUGAUCAGGGAGAUUCCUUCCAGAGAAGCUCAGCUCAUGACUCUGCAGAACACAUCGGAAUUUGACAUCCUCGUCAUUGGAGGAGGAGCCACAGGAUGUGGCUGUGCGCUAGACGCUGUCACCAGAGGACUGAAAACAGCCCUUGUAGAGAGAAAUGACUUCGCAUCAGGGACUAGCAGCAGAAGCACUAAAUUGAUCCAUGGUGGCGUACGAUACCUCCAGAAGGCCAUCACGAACUUGGAUGUUGAACAGUAUAGGAUGGUGAAAGAGGCCCUUCAUGAACGUGCCAACUUACUAGAAAUCGCUCCCCAUCUAUCAGCUCCGCUGCCUAUAAUGCUGCCACUUUAUAAGUGGUGGCACUUACCUUAUUACUGGGUGGGAAUCAAGAUGUAUGAUCUGGUUGCAGGAAGUCAUUGCCUGAAGAGCAGUUAUGUCCUCAGUAAAUCCAGAGCCCUUGAGCAUUUCCCCAUGCUCCAGAAGGACAAGCUGGUCGGAGCCAUUGUCUACUAUGAUGGACAGCACAAUGACGCACGGAUGAACCUCGCCAUCGCCCUCACCGCUGCCAGGUACGGGGCUGCCACGGCCAAUUACAUGGAGGUGGUGAGCUUGCUCAAGAAGACAGACCCCGAAACUGGGAAAGAGCUCGUGAGUGGUGCCCGGUGCAAGGACAUGCUCACAGGGCAUGAGUUUAACGUGAGAGCCAAAUGCGUUAUCAAUGCCACCGGCCCUUUCACAGACUCCGUGCGCAAAAUGGAUGAUGAAGAUGUUGUUCCCAUCUGCCAGCCCAGUGCGGGGGUCCACAUUGUGAUGCCCGGGUACUACAGCCCCGAGAACAUGGGACUUCUUGAUCCUGCAACCAGUGAUGGCAGAGUUAUUUUCUUCUUGCCUUGGGAGAAGAUGACAAUUGCGGGUACCACCGAUUCGCCAACGGACGUCACGCACCAUCCUAUUCCUUCGGAAGACGACAUUAACUUCAUCUUAAAUGAAGUGCGGAACUACCUGAGUUGUGACGUUGAAGUGAGAAGAGGGGAUGUCCUGGCAGCAUGGAGUGGCAUUCGCCCGCUCGUUACCGAUCCCAAGUCUGCAAACACUCAGUCCAUCUCUCGAAAUCAUGUUGUGGAAGUCAGCGACAGUGGCCUCAUCACAAUAGCAGGUGGGAAGUGGACCACAUAUCGCUCCAUGGCAGAAGAUACUGUGAACAAAGCUGUCCAGCUUCACAACUUGAAUGCAGGACCCAGUAGGACCGUUGGGCUCUUCCUUCAAGGAGGCCAAGACUGGAGCCCCACACUCUACAUCAGGCUUGUCCAGGACUAUGGGCUUGAGAGUGAGGUUGCACAACACCUGGCCAAAACCUAUGGUGACAAGGCUUUCGACGUGGCCAAAAUGGCAAGCGUGACUGGAAAACGGUGGCCUGUUGUUGGAGUGCGUCUUGUGUCAGAAUUUCCGUACAUCGAAGCAGAGGUGAAAUAUGGGAUUAAGGAGUACGCAUGCACGGCAGUUGACAUGAUUUCACGUCGCACCCGCCUGGCCUUUCUCAAUGUUCAGGCUGCAGAGGAAGCCCUGCCCAAGAUUGUUGAUAUAAUGGGAAGAGAAUUGAACUGGAGUGAAUUGAGGAAACAGGAAGAACUUGAAAUAGCCACGAGGUUUCUGUACUAUGAAAUGGGCUAUAAGUCUCGAACAGAACAACUGACAGAUAGUACUGAAAUCAGCCUGCUGCCUCCAGACAUCGAUAGGUACAAGAAGAGAUUUCACAUGUUUGAUGAAGACGAAAAAGGCUUCAUUACCAUUGUUGAUGUUCAGCGUGUGCUAGAGAGUAUCAAUGUACAAAUGGACGAAGACACACUACAUGAAAUUCUCUGUGAAGUAGACUUGAACAAGAAUGGUCAGGUUGAGCUCCAUGAGUUUCUGCAGCUGAUGAGCGCAGUUCAUACGGGAAAGGUGUCUGGAAGCCGGCUCGCCAUCCUCAUGAAGACUGCCGAGGAGAACUUGGACCGUAGAGUUCCAAUCCCCGUGGAUCGUAGUUGUGGAGGAUUGUGAGUCUGACCAAUAAAUCCACAACCAACAA